AAAUAUCAGGUUUGCUUCGAUCUCCGCACCCUCGCCGUUUCCUUUUCUUUUCUUCCGAUAUUACUGAAAAAACCCUAAUCGCGAAAUCUCACUAUAAUUCCUAAUCUUCUUCUCUGUUCAUGCGGUUUUGAUUUCAAUCGAUAUUUUCGAGCUCGUUUAUUGGUUUUGCAUGUUUUUUUUUUUUCUGUUUUUUGGUAGACGUCGAUUUUAAACCAGGAACUCGAAGCCGUGAUCUCCUCCAGGUCUUAAUCUUUACCAUCAUUGGUAAUUUGGUAACAUUGUCUUUCUGCAUUGCUUUUCUGAAAUCUUCCUUUAGCUUUCAUUGAGUUAUCGUUCUCAAUGCCUGAUUGUUUGAUUAUCCGUAAUCGUAAAUAUGCUUGAGAGAGACAGAGUUAUGUCAGCUUUCAUUUAUGUGUGAAUAUUCAAUUGCGUCAGUAAGUAGUGCUAUUUAUUUUAGAAUUACAUUAGAUUGUCAAGUUGCUUGUGAUCUUUGGCCAUGAAUUUUCAGACGGAUUUAUCCACAUUUUUUCUUUUCGAGAAGUGAUUUUGCUAUAUGUUAAUCAUGUGUUUUAACUAUACUAGUUGAAAUUCGUAGAUCAACACAAGUUUUCUUAGCUUUUAAUGAUUAUCUUGUGGAAAAAGUUUUUUUUUUCUGCUCAUCUAUCUUGCUGUAUUGGCUUCACAAGUCUCCUGAUUUCUAGUACCUUCUCUAUUCGGUAAAUGGAGGAAAAUUAGUUGUGUUGUUAUUUUAGUUUUCUGAGACAGCAUGCCAAAAUAUCGGAGGAUGAUGGAAUCCAAUGGUGCUUCUGCUUCUGCUUCUGGACAAGAGCCAGAGUAUGGUGCGAUUUUCAUGUCCAAUAGCUCAACAAGAAAGGAGUGCCUCAAGCGAGGCCUUUUCGGUUUGCCAAUUGCGCUAGGCGGAUUUGUAAAACAGGUCAAAGCUGGAAUGCUAUUGUUUUUGUUUGAAUUCGAGAGUAGGGAGCUACAUGGUGUGUUUCAGGCAUGCUCUGAUGGUGCAAUAAACAUUGAGCCCAAUGCAUUCUGCUCUUCUGGGAAACAGUUUCCUGCUCAGGUCAAGUUUACUGAGAAGUGGCAUUGUAGGCCACUUUGUGAAAGGGAGUUUCGUCAUGCUAUUAGUGAUAAUUACUUUACGCCAACAAAGUUCAAUUUUGGGCUCUCAAAGGCACAGGUGUGUGGUCCAAAGGCUAUUGAAGUUGUUUAGCUCUAAGAAGGUAGAGAGACCACGACCGAGGAAAACUGCGGUUACAAAGUCCACAAAAAAUUCUGAAAGUAGCUUGAGAAAUACAGCUGGUGAUCGCGGCCUUAGGAAUCGUUGUCCAGAAGAAACUGAUAAAGAUGCUGUUCGUGAGUUUCCCCUCCGAGGUACAUCUGCAAGAGAUCGUCUUGGUCGUAGGUUAACUGAAAAUUAUGGUUUGGCGGAUGAAGCUGAUAUUGGCGUAGAAAUUAAAGAGAAUGAGUACUCUGGAGACGCAUCUGAGGUUUGCAGGAGACUCGUUGAUCCCAAAAUGCAUGUGUCAAAGGAUAGAGUGGGAUAUGACUUGAGCAUGAAUAAUAGCUCUAGGACAGAUGCUUUGACUUACUCUGACUAUAUUCUAGUUAAUGAUCCAAGAGUCCCGAAGAACUUAAGACACACCGCAAGUGGCUGGUUAGGAAAUGAGUACCAUGGAAAAGCUAGUAUCACACAGGCAAGUUCGUGGUCUAAUCACGAGGAACGCCUUAAUAUUGAGGCAGAUCCAGUGGUUCCUGCUCAAAGCUCAGUACCUCCAGAAUCACUAUAUGGAACAAACACUGGAUGCUAUGACCCUUGUGAGCCGGGGAUCAUGGGAUAUGCAACUAUGGAAAGCUCUAGGCAUGAUCAUGGUGCACCAAAUGUUGAUUCAAUGGGCUCAGCUUCUUUUAUACCCAAGUCAAAUCGUGUUAUGAGAGAAGAAAUUACACCUGUUGGUGGUUAUGUCAGUGACACCUUGCCCUCUGAGACAUUUCAACCAUUUCCUGAUGAGCAUAAUGAUACAAACAUGAACAAGACUAGUAGUCUGGGCUUGGAUUACUAUAUUCCAAUGCCUAUUGAACAUCCUGAAUACCAAACUAACUCUGGCAUUAAUGGAGUUGCUUGUUCUGAAUCUGAAUCUAGAUAUGGUCAUCUGCGUCAUUCUCAGUUUCCUGCUUUCUUAACCUCUGCAGAAGCCACUGAGAGCAUGCGGAACUCUGAGAGGCUGUCUUACUCCAGCCGCAGCAUCUUCCCUUCCUUUGCUAAUCCUUUAUCAUCAGGGGAUUUGUCUCCUAAGUACGGAGUUAACAAUGAAAUUUCAGCAUAUCAACACCAGGAAGGAUUUGAAGGUCAUGCUUCUUAUUCAAAUGAUAUGGUGGUUCAUGACUCCAGAAUUUACCCUUCUUUUUCAUAUCCUUCAAGGUCAGGGGAUGGAGUUGACUUGUAUCCAGAGAACAGAACUCAGGACAUAGUGAUUCGAAAGGAGGAACUUGUUAAUCCUGCUGAAUUUGAGAGAAAGAGAACCAGAAAGAGCGUCUUCAGUAGGCUUGCUAUGCCUUCAAAAGAGAACCAGAAAGAGGAUACUUCUUCGGACACUGAAUCAGUCGAUGAGGUCAUGGCCUUUCUAAAAGACUGUCACAAACAUUGGAUGGAGCAAAAAAGACCAAAGAUGAGUAACCAUGAGGUUCUUAGAAAACCGAAGAAGAAAAACAAAAAGAUUCAUACACCAGAGGUACUUGACACUGAUUUGAUUCUUCCUUUUAGUGAGACCACCCCAGAUGACCUGUUGGAUUGUGAAGAAAGUAUGGAACAUAGUGCUCAAAAACGACCGUUCAUUGAUUUUAGGCGGCGUAGCAAAAAGAGCCGUGAAAAUCCAACACAAGGGUGUAAAGAGAGCCCUGAACAUUCAGCUCCUCAAAACAAGAAAAGGAAGCUGCUGAGGCCGAAACUCAUUGAAGAUGACUCGGAAAAGGAUAGAGGAAACAACGGUAAUCCUAUUGAAAAUGUCUUGGCCUCACAGUCAGCUAAGGAAGUCCCCUUCCAUGACCUCCAUGGACGUAGUGAUCAGUAACCACUCAAUGGAGUUGGAAACACUAGAGGACAGAGCAGGGCCUCUUCAAGUAUAUGUUUUUACAGUUGAAGUUGCGGGUCGUUCCCUGGCUUUUGUGUCUUUUAGUUUCCUCCUAAUACGAAGGCGGUAAUUUUGGUGGUGUAAGUGUAUCUGUCUUCUUAAUCAUUUUUUGGUAGAAGCACAGUUUGAGGUAGUUGGGGAGUUUAAUGCUGAUGUCAAAAGCAUGAGUUUGGUUCACAAACUUUGUUAAAGUGAAACUAGACAGCUAAAUUCCUUGUACAGUUUUAAACUGACGAAUGCAAAGUUUCGAGUUC